AUGGAUUAAAUAAAAAAUGUUGAUUCUUACUUAGAUACUUUGUUAGGAGAUUUUACAAACUCUAAAUGCUAUAAAUAUGCUUAAAAGAUAGUUUCUAUUAAAUCUUAGAAAAUUUUCCAGGAAUUGGAUUGUCAUUAGUUAUUCAUCAAUCGAAACCAAUAACAUUUAGAUGUGUCUUUUAGGUCCUAAUCUGCUUAAAUCUCUUUUCCAAUUAGGUACUAUAUCAAAAAUAGUAAGAAAGAUUGAUUGCUUUGGUUAAAUUGAAGUUAAAACCUUUACGAAAGAAGAAAUAGAUUCUUUGAGAAAAGAACGAGGAGAAAGAGCACAAUUAAAACUAAGAAAAAUUUAAGAAGCAUCAUAGAAGAGAAAAUAAGACUUUUUAGAAUCUUGGAAAAAAACUUAACAAAUUCAGCAUUAGAAACCAUUAUUUUAAAUACUUUAAGAAUAAGAAAAUGCAUAUAUAAAACAAUAAUAGGAGAUAAUGCAACAUAAAUUAGAGUAAAUCAAACUAGAAAGAAAGCCUUUAAGUAAAAUAGAUUUUGAGGAACAUAAAAAAAAAUUUUGUGAAAUAAUUAAUAAAUCAAGAUAGAAGUCUAACGAAUCAAAAUCGAAUUAAAAAAAAAAUUCAAUAAGUCCUGAAAAAUCUAUUUAUUAUUUAAAAAUAGAACAAGAGAAAGCUAAAUAUAAAUAAUUAGAAUAGGAGAGAAAAAACUAGUUACUAGAAUUAUAGGAGAAAAAAAAGAUUUUUUCUGAAGAAACUAAAAAAAGAUUUAAACCGAAGUUAAGUUUAGAAAAAUAAAAUGAGCUAUUAGAAAUUUAGAGUAAGUUGCAUCAUCGGUCUGAUUUCUAAAAAUAUUAAGUUUUAGCAAAUAAAGUUAGAUAAAAAAAGAUUUCGUAUUAAAUUAAUGAAACUGAUGAAGAGGCAAAAUCAUUGAUUAAUUUUAUAAAAAAUAAAGAUUAAAACACAUCUUAUGAUAUUGCUAGUUAAGAUACUCAAUUACCUAAAUUGAAACAUAAGAGUUUUAUAAUAGAAACAAAUACUUAGCAAUAAAAUAUGAAUUAUUGGUAAAGAGUAGCACUGAAUCAAAAUUUAUCAAUUAAAGAUAAAAAUCAAAUUAUUACAGAAUAAGCAAAAAAGUAAAUUUAGAUAAUAAUUUAGGUUAGAAGAUUUGUCCAAAAAAUAAGAAUAAUUAGCACGAGUUACAGGUUAUGAAAGUUAAGAAGCAGACAAUCUUUUGAUUAGUUCCAUCAAAGCUAAAUUGACAGUUUUAGAAAAUUGA